AUGGAACAAUAUAAACAAAAUUCUGUAACAACAAAUAAUAGUACAGAAUACAGUAGCAGUAGCAUAAAAGACAUAGAUGAACAAAAUGAAAUAAAUAAUAUUAAUAGGUCUAAUAAAAAAAGAAAAAUUGAGCCAUUAGAUGAUGGGCAAUCAGAAAUACAAAAAAUACAUCAAAAUGGAGAUAAAAAUGAAUAUAUUGAAAAUAUGGAAAAAGACAAUAAAAAUCAAUGUUUAAAUAAUAGUGAUGAAUCAGGGCAUGAAAAAAAUGCAGAUAACUUAAAUAAAAAUAAUGAUAAAGCUGAUAAGACUGACAAUAGUAAUAAUAAUGAAUAUACGAAAAAAGAUAAUAUUAAUAUGUUAGAAAAAUCGAAAGAAUUAAAAAAGGAUAAUUAUAAAUAUUAUAUUGAUUAUAGAAAAUAUCGAAGCAAAAAUAAUGUAGCAUUUUCAACAAAAUAUAAAGAUAGCUGUAUUAGCCUAAGUAGUGAUAAACUUACAUGUUAUGGAGAUAAAGGAUGGUCUAGUGUUUUUGUUAAUAAUGGUGCGGAUGUAGGGAAAUGGUAUUAUGAAAUAAAGAUUGAAGAGCCUGUAGAAAAAUUUAAUUUCUUGGGGUAUAAAGAUACAAUUUUAAAAGUAAACCCAUAUGUAAGAGUUGGAUUUGCUUGUAGAUAUAUGAGAUAUGAUUAUCCAAUAGGAACUGAUAAAUAUAGCUAUUGUGUUAAUAGUAAAAAUGGGAAAAUAUUUAAUAAUUCAAUAAGUUAUGAUUGUAUGGAGCCUAUUAAAGUUGGUGAUAUAAUUGGAUGUUAUAUUAAUUUAAAAAAUAAAAAUAGCUAUACUUUUGAUCCACGAUCAGAUAAAAAACUCUAUGAAUAUUUACAAAAUGGGAUUUUAUGUGAUCCAAAAAACCCACCUAUAUUAAAGAAAAAUUAUGGCUCUUUUAUAUUUUUUUCCUUAAAUGGUCAAAUAAAAAAAAAUGCAUUUAUUGAUAUUUAUGAAGGAUUUUAUCAUCCGUCGGUUAGCUUAUAUAUGGGAGCUUCUGCUAAAAUUAACUUAGGGCCAAAAUUUACAUAUCGUCAUUUAAAUGAUUAUGUCCCAUGUAUAUAUAUGGACCCCCCAAUUAUUUUGUAA